AUGAGGUUUAGGAGGUCCCAAACCUUGAUAUUACUAUUCAUUAUAGUACUAUCGAAUGUAUUAUAUGCUGUGUUUUAUAUAGACAACGUUAAAUUUCAUGCCAAUAACGUAGCAACAGCAGCUAACAACGUAUGGGGUAGAAUAAACAGUAAUACCAAAACUGACAGUCCUAAGGAAGAAACUUUCGAAGAUUUGAUAACCCAUAAUUUAUCCGAUUCACUAGAGAUAGAUGGAGAUUCAUUAACAUCUGAUAAAUGGAUAAACAAUCCAACAUUGUUUUAUCUUCCAAAGUUCACCCUUUCGGUCUAUAGUCAUGAAAUCGGAUUAAAACCACCAUCCGUGCCGUUCGCAUGGUCAGAUUGGGUUAAUUUGACUAUGUUAAAUAAUGAAUUUACCAAGAGUCCAGAUGAAAGAAGUCGAUGUAAAACCUUGAAAAGUCAUCAUAAUAACGCUCGACCAAACUUUUGCGUUGAUACCGAUGAAUUAACCACAGAAGAAAUGGAGAUAAUAGCUUUACCGAUUGACCAAAUCCCAGGAUAUGCCAUUUUUUUUGCUCCUAAUGACGGUGAUAGCGAAGUUCAAGUCAUUGAAGGGAAAGUUUAUUUGGUCACAUUCAUGCCUAUUCCUAUGAAUUUGAUGAUAAUAAAUGAUGAAGGGAUUUUAUCUGUACCUAUUGAAGGUAAAAGUAGAAUGCUCGAUAGUUCAUUAGUUUUCUAUUUGCAAGGGUUGAAAGAAAUUGCUGUAGAACCAUUGGAUGGUUUCCAAAAGCAAGAACCCGAAGAAGCUAUAGAAGAAAGUUUCCAUUUCAAAAGUAAUUUCGAAGAUUUGGAAUCAAGAAUCGAUCAAUUGAAUGAAUUAAUUACCAAUGAAAUAAUUUUCGAUAUCGAAAAGAUUGAUACUUUGAAAUUAAAUAGACAAGAGAAGAUGGUGUACGAUAGUAUGAAGUUUAGUAACGAAGCUGAAAGUGAAUCAGUUUAUUUUUACACUCAUUUGUAUGAAAAUGAAUUCAGAGAUUGGAGGUUCAUACCACAAAAGGCAUUAAUCACCAAGAGAUUCGAAGCAAGUCAAAAACAAAAUUUGAUUAAGAACUGGUCCUUAUUCACGAAAAACAUUGGGGCCAAUUAUUGGGUUGAUAUGGAAAAUUGGCACAUAAACAAAUCAGGUAAUUUAACUUCAUAUACUCCAAUCACUGAUUUGAAUAAUCUUUGUUUUCAUAACCAAUCCCUCAUCGUGAGUGAACUCGAUAGAUAUUAUUUAGAUUGUUCGCCAUUUAUAAACAAUCAAAAUCAAGAAAUUACCGAUGCCAGAUUCAUUGAUGUGGAUACUGGAAGAUAUAUCGAAAUAAUGGGAGUUUCAGCUAUGCCGAACGGAGAUAUAAACAGUGAAGGGAACACCUGGUCUUACAAAGGUAAAAAUGGGGAACAAUUCUUAAUGGACGAUUUGUUACCCUUGAGAACAGUAAAUUUCAAUGGAGUUGAUACCAAAGUACCUUCUAAUCAUCAAGAUAUCACUAUUGAAAAUUAUGGUACAAUAGAUUUAAAGAGUUUGUCAGUUAUUAUGAACAAAAAGAUAGAGGACUUAUACGAUUUCGAUGGUAUAGUAGACGAGACAAUAUUGAACAAAUUAAAGGAUUUAGAUAGGGUAUAA